GGGAAGGCAGCGCACUAAGAUGGCGACAACCGCAGUUUCUCCUGCAGCUUCCCCACCUCUGCAGUCCAGCAACGCCUUGCGGGAGUCACGCUAGUGCAGUAGCCACAAGUUGACCUGUCGUGGGUGCAACAUAACUAAAGAAGCUGCUGCAGGAUGAAAAGAUGGCAGCGCAGCUGCUCGCACCACCAGGCCCUGAUAGUUUUAAACCUUUCACCCCAGAAUCUCUGGCUAACAUUGAGAAACGUAUUGCAGAGGAAAAGAAGAAGAAGCGUCCAAAGCAAGACAGCAGCCAUCGGGAUGACGAUGACGACAGCAAACCAAAACCGAACAGUGACCUGGAGGCAGGGAAAAAUUUGCCUUUCAUCUAUGGGGACAUCCCGAAAGGUCUGGUUGCUGUACCACUGGAGGACUUUGACCCUUAUUAUUUGACCCAGAAAACCUUUGUAGUACUAAACAGAGGGAAAACACUCUUCCGAUUUAGUGCCACACCUGCCUUGUACAUUUUAACUCCUUUUAAUCUGCUUAGGAGAAUAGCUAUUAAAAUUUUGAUACAUUCAUUAUUUAGCAUGAUCAUUAUGUGCACUAUUUUGACCAACUGUGUAUUCAUGACUUUUAGUAACCCACCUGAAUGGUCGAAGAAUGUGGAGUACACAUUCACUGGUAUUUAUACAUUUGAAUCACUUGUGAAAAUUAUUGCAAGAGGUUUCUGCAUAGAUGGUUUUACUUUCCUUCGUGAUCCAUGGAACUGGCUAGAUUUCAGUGUCAUCAUGAUGGCAUAUGUCACAGAGUUUGUGGACCUUGGGAAUGUGUCAGCACUGAGAACUUUCAGAGUUCUCCGAGCUUUGAAAACUAUCUCUGUUAUUCCAGGCUUGAAGACCAUUGUGGGUGCCCUAAUUCAGUCUGUGAAGAAACUGUCAGACGUAAUGAUUUUGACAGUGUUUUGCCUCAGUGUCUUUGCUUUAAUCGGCCUGCAGCUGUUUAUGGGCAAUUUGAGGAACAAGUGUGUAAUAUGGCCAAUUAACCUCAAUGAGAGCUUCCUAGAGAAUGGCACCAGGGGGUUUGACUGGCAAGAAUACACCAACAAUGUCUCAAACUUUUACACAAUCCCUGGGGCCCUUGAUCCUUUGCUCUGUGGUAACAGCUCAGAUGCAGGCAAAUGUCCAGAGGGUUACACAUGCAUGAAAGCAGGAAGGAAUCCAAACUAUGGCUACACAAGCUUUGACACUUUCAGCUGGGCUUUCCUAGCCUUAUUUCGCCUUAUGACUCAGGAUUUUUGGGAAAACUUGUAUCAGUUAACAUUGCGAGCAGCAGGAAAAACUUACAUGAUAUUCUUUGUCCUGGUUAUCUUUGUGGGGUCAUUCUAUCUGGUCAAUCUGAUCUUGGCUGUGGUAGCCAUGGCUUAUGAAGAGCAGAACCAGGCCACACUGGAGGAAGCGGAGCAAAAGGAAGCAGAAUUCAAGGCCAUGUUGGAACAGCUGAAAAGGCAGCAGGAAGACGCGCAGGCUGCUGCCAUGGUCACUUCAGCAGGGACAGUCUCAGAAGAUGCUGUGGAGGAUGAUGGCAGGGGGAGGGUGUCUCAGAGCUCUUCUGAGAUUUCCAAACUCAGUUCUAAGAGUGACAAGGAGCGGCGGAACAGGAGGAAGAAACGGAAGCAAAAGGAGCUGUUGGAAGGAGAGGAGAAAGGUGACAACGAGAAGGUGUUCAAGUCUGAAUCGGAGGAUGGAAUGAGGAGAAAGGCUUUUAGGCUGCCAGACAACAGGCUGGGAAGGAAAUUUUCCAUCAUGAACCAGUCCCUUCUCAGCAUCCCAGGCUCCCCUUUCCUCUCCCGGCACAACAGCAAGAGCAGCAUCUUCAGCUUCAGAGGGCGCUUCCGUGAUCCAGGUUCAGAGAACGAAUUUGCUGAUGAUGAGCACAGCACGGUGGAGGAGAGCGAAGGCAGGAGAGAUUCCCUUUUCAUCCCCUUCCGUGGCCGGGAACGGAGAAGCAGCUACAGCGGCUACAGUGGCUACAGCCAGGGCAGCCGGUCCUCACGGAUCUUUCCCAGCAUCCGCCGGAACGUGAAAAGGAACAGCACAGUGGAUUGUAAUGGCGUGGUGUCCCUUAUUGGUGGCCCAGCAUCCAAUAGGCCCAUGGGACGCCUUCUGCCUGAGGGUACUACCGAGGUGGAAAUUAAAAAGAAACCUACCGGGUCUCUCUUGGUCUCAAUGGAUCAACUGAAUGCAUCGUAUGGAAGAAAGGAUCGAACCAACAGUAUAAUGACUGUUGUAACUAAUACCCUUGUAGAAGAGUUGGAAGAGUCCCAGAGGAAGUGUCCCCCAUGUUGGUACAAAUUUGCCAACACCUUCCUGAUCUGGGAGUGUCACCCACACUGGAUCAAGCUGAAGGAGAUAGUGAACAUGAUUGUCAUGGAUCCCUUUGUCGACCUGGCCAUUACCAUCUGUAUUGUGCUGAACACUUUGUUCAUGGCCAUGGAACACCAUCCCAUGACCCCUGAGUUUCAAGAUGUUCUGACUGUAGGAAAUCUGGUUUUCACUGGAAUUUUCACAGCAGAAAUGUUCCUGAAGCUUGUAGCUAUGGACCCCUACUAUUAUUUCCAAGAAGGUUGGAACAUUUUUGACGGAUUUAUUGUCUCCCUCAGUUUAAUGGAACUGGGUCUAGCGGACGUGGAAGGGCUUUCAGUGCUGCGGUCUUUCCGAUUGCUGAGGGUCUUCAAGCUGGCGAAGUCCUGGCCCACUCUGAACAUGCUGAUAAAAAUCAUUGGUAACUCAGUGGGUGCCUUGGGAAACCUGACCUUAGUGCUGGCCAUCAUCGUGUUCAUCUUUGCUGUGGUGGGCAUGCAGCUCUUUGGCAAGAGCUACAAGGAGUGCGUCUGCAAGAUCAACGUGGAGUGUGAGCUGCCCCGCUGGCACAUGCACGACUUCUUCCACUCCUUCCUUAUUGUCUUCCGCGUGCUGUGUGGGGAGUGGAUUGAGACUAUGUGGGAUUGUAUGGAAGUGGCAGGACAGGCCAUGUGCUUGAUUGUCUUCAUGAUGGUCAUGGUCAUCGGGAAUUUGGUGGUGUUGAACCUGUUCUUGGCCUUGCUGCUGAGCUCUUUCAGUGCAGAUAACUUAGCAGCGACAGACGAUGACGGGGAGAUGAACAACCUGCAAAUAGCAGUCAUUCGCAUCAAGAAGGGAAUUGCCUGGAUCAAGGCGAAAGCACAUGAGUUCAUGCAAGCGCAUUUCAAGCAGAGAGAGGCCGAUGAGGUCAAACCCUUGGACGAGUUGUAUGAAAAGAAGGUGAACUGCAUCGCUAACCACACAGGGGCUGAUAUCAACAGGGACAUUGAUUAUCAAAAGAAUGGUAAUGGCACCACCAGUGGCAUUGGGAGCAGUGUGGAGAAAUACAUCAUAGAUGAAGACCACAUGUCCUUUAUCAAUAACCCCAAUCUCACGGUUCGGGUACCCAUUGCCGUGGGUGAGUCAGACUUCGAAAACCUCAACACAGAAGACUUCAGCAGCGAUACAGAUCCCAAUGGUAGCAAGGAGAAACUGGAUGAUACCAGCUCUUCUGAGGGCAGCACUAUCGAUAUAAAGCCAGAAGAAGAGGAAGUCCCUGUGGAGGCACCAGAAGAAUAUCUGGACCCAGAUGCAUGCUUCACAGAAGAUUGUGUGCAGCGCUUUAAGUGCUGUCAGGUCAGUAUUGAAGCUGGGCUGGGCAAAUCCUGGUGGACCUUGAGGAAGACCUGCUUUCUGAUUGUGGAGCACAACUGGUUUGAGACUUUCAUCAUCUUCAUGAUCCUACUGAGCAGUGGAGCCCUGGCCUUUGAGGAUAUUUACAUAGAACAGAGAAAGACCAUCCGGACCAUGCUGGAGUACGCAGACAAGGUCUUCACCUACAUUUUCAUUCUGGAGAUGUUGCUGAAAUGGUGCGCCUACGGAUUCGUCAAGUUCUUCACCAAUGCCUGGUGCUGGCUGGAUUUCCUCAUUGUGGCUGUCUCUUUAGUCAGCCUUGUAGCUAAUGCCCUGGGCUACUCGGAACUAGGUGCCAUAAAGUCCCUUAGGACACUAAGAGCUUUGAGGCCUUUAAGAGCGUUGUCCCGAUUUGAGGGGAUGAGGGUGGUUGUCAACGCCCUGGUUGGCGCUAUCCCUUCCAUUAUGAAUGUGUUGUUGGUCUGCCUUAUCUUCUGGCUGAUUUUCAGCAUUAUGGGGGUUAACCUGUUUGCUGGGAAAUACCAUUACUGCUUUAACGAGACAUCCGAGGAGCGCUUCGAAAUAGAGAUAGUUAACAACAGGACUGAUUGUGAAGCACUGAUGCCACCCAACUCCACUGAGAUCCGAUGGAAGAAUGUGAAAAUUAACUUUGACAAUGUUGGGGCAGGAUACCUGGCUCUUCUCCAAAUUGCUACUUUCAAGGGCUGGAUGGAUAUCAUGUAUGCAGCGGUAGAUUCCAGAAAGCAAGAAGAGCAACCCAAGUAUGAGGACAACAUCUACAUGUACAUCUACUUUGUAAUCUUCAUCAUCUUUGGCUCCUUUUUCACCCUGAACUUGUUUAUUGGUGUCAUCAUUGAUAACUUCAAUCAACAAAAGAAAAAGUUUGGAGGUCAGGAUAUCUUCAUGACAGAAGAGCAAAAGAAAUACUACAAUGCCAUGAAAAAACUGGGCUCAAAGAAACCUCAGAAACCUAUUCCCCGGCCUCUGAACAGCAUCCAAGGAGUUGUCUUUGACUUUGUCACUCAGCAAGCAUUCGAUAUAGUCAUCAUGAUGCUCAUCUGCUUCAACAUGGUGACCAUGAUGGUGGAAACAGACACACAGAGUAGCCACAUGUCCGACAUCCUCUGGUGGAUCAACCUGGUGUUUGUCAUCCUCUUCACCUGUGAGUGCGUGCUGAAGAUAUUUGCCUUGCGACACUAUUAUUUCACCAUUGGAUGGAACAUUUUUGACUUCGUGGUCGUGAUUCUGUCCGUUGUGGGGAUGUUCCUGGCUGAUCUCAUUGAGAAGUAUUUUGUGUCGCCCACUCUCUUCCGAGUCAUCCGACUGGCCCGUAUUGGCCGCAUCCUGCGUCUGAUCAAAGGGGCCAAGGGGAUCCGCACCCUGCUUUUUGCCUUAAUGAUGUCCUUGCCUGCCUUGUUCAACAUCGGCCUCUUGCUGUUCCUGGUCAUGUUUAUUUUCUCCAUCUUUGGCAUGUCGAACUUCGCCUACGUGAAGCACGAGGCUGGCAUAGACGACAUGUUCAACUUUGAGACCUUCGGCAACAGCAUGAUCUGUUUGUUCCAGGUCACCACCUCGGCUGGCUGGGAUGGCUUGCUGUUGCCUAUCCUGAAUCGGCCGCCGGACUGCGACCUAGAUAAGGAGCAUCCCGGGAGCAGCUUCAAGGGAGAUUGUGGUAACCCCUCCGUGGGAAUCUUUUUCUUCGUCAGCUACAUCAUCAUCUCCUUUCUGAUUGUGGUGAACAUGUACAUCGCUAUUAUUCUGGAGAACUUCAGUGUGGCCACGGAGGAGAGUGCUGACCCACUGAGCGAGGACGACUUUGAAACCUUCUAUGAGAUCUGGGAGAAGUUUGACCCUGAUGCCACACAGUUCAUUGAGUACUGCAAGCUGGCAGACUUUGCUGAUGCUUUGGAGCACCCACUCCGUGUCCCUAAGCCUAACACUAUCGAACUCAUCGCCAUGGACUUGCCUAUGGUAAGCGGGGACAGGAUCCACUGUCUGGACAUCCUGUUUGCCUUCACCAAGCGUGUGCUGGGGGACAGUGGGGAGCUGGACAUCCUGAGGCAGCAGAUGGAGGAAAGGUUUGUGGCAUCUAACCCUUCCAAAGUGUCUUAUGAGCCCAUCACGACCACGCUCCGGCGCAAGCAGGAAGAUGUCUCGGCAGUGGUUAUCCAACGGGCUUACAGGGUUCGCUUAGCAAAACGGGGCUUUAUUUGCCGGAAGUCUGCCUCUACUAAGCUGGAAAACGGAGGAACAAAUCGGGAGAAAAAAGAAGGCACCCCAUCCACUGCAUCCCUCCCAUCCUAUGACAGUGUAACUAAACCUGAAAAGGAGAAACAGCUGCGGGUGGAGGAAGGAAGACGAGAACGAGCAAAAAGACAAAAAGAUUUCAAGGAAUCCAAGUGUUGAGACAAACAAAAAAUGUACAAAUUUUAAAAAAUUUGCAAGCAAAAAGAUUGUUUACAAACUUCACAAAAUAUAUCAAUACGGAACAGCUAAGGAGACACCUGAAGAUCUUAUACCAAACAUAGUCUGCUUAUUGUGUGACAAAGUUGCAUCUAAAAGCAGUGACCUACCACCUGUUUAAAGGACCCUUCUAAAUGAACAUUUAAAAAGGAAAAAAAGGAUUUUCUAUUGUUUGGGCAGGUGGCUACUGCAUGUUCCACAUCAAUCAAUGCAACUUGGGACAAACAAGCAAAAUAAAAAACACACACACACUAAAAAACAAAACCCGCUGCUUGGAUAAAUAUAUCUCCCAAAGCAGCCAAAAAUUGAUUAUUUUCUCAUUUUGUUGAUUAUCAAAAGAAAACCCAGAAGUCACAAUGCUAAAGGGUUUGUUUGUUCAUGCAAAACUAAUUUGCAUUCCUGCAUUUAGUUAAGCAGCAAAAAAAAGAAAAAAAAAAGAAAAAGGAAAAAAAAAGGCAAAAUAAAAACUGACCAAAAAAAAGAAACAAAAACCCACCCAUUUAGCCCAUGCCGUUUGAGUGUCAUAGUUUAUUUGGUAUUUAUUAUCUUACAUACUACUUUCUACAUGGGCUUUACUUGGUUUGGGAGAUGGGGUAAUCAGGUAUCUUCAGCCUGGAAACUUGCUCAGGCUGAUUUAAAAAAAAAAUUGUGCUUGUUCAAUGCAUAGAAAUGAUUUGCAUGAUGGCAUGCUGUGACCAGGAAUCAUGCAUGAAGAAUCAUUAAACCACAAGACACUCAAUAUUCUUCCACAACAGUUGGUUAAGCCAUAAGUUCGAGGCACUCCACUGACUACCACACACUAUAUUUGGAGGUUAACCUUAAAUAUAAUCAUGCCCUUCACCAAUAUUUACCAAUUUGUAACAAUCUCUUUCAUACACCCUCCAGUAGGAAAAAAAUGAAACAAGCAGAUGAAAUCUGUGUGUCUGCGUGUGUGUGUGUGUGUGUAUGUAUGUUUAACAACCUGUCGUUUCCAUACAGCCAUCUUUUGCACAUUUAAACAAAUAAUCAUACAGAAAGAAAAACCUAAAUAUUGCUCUGGAUCCCAUCUGAGGGGAGAAUAUCUAAUAUUCAAGAAUGGCACUGCAAAACCAAAAUCUAGGGCUUAAAUACCAGUCAACAAGGUCAUUUGUAUCCUGUAAUAAUUAUUAUUCAGCCGCCAUACUGCAGCAGACACUUUUCGUGUAGCGAGAGCAAUGCUAUGUAGGAAAUAGCACAUUGUCUCUGCAGGUGCAAUUUUGGGAACUUGGAUAAAGCAAGGGGACAUGUAACUCACAGAGUUUAAUUGUGUCCCAUGUUCCUCAGAGUUGUUGCUUUCUUGGGGUGGCAGCGGGGGCUGAGACCCAGGUGGAUUUGUGAAACUCUGAAGUCAUCUUUAUGUUCUUCCAUCAUUACUACUUUUUGCAGCUUGCACUUUGAUGCUCCAUGGUUUUCCUUGCUUCUGUAGCCACAAGGUUUUUAAACAAAAUGGAACACAUUAGAGUUGACAAUAAAAUAGCAAUGUGACAUGGGGCACAGUGCUGAAGAUGAGGUGUCUGAUGUCAUGUGCCUUCACCUUCUUUCUGUUUCAUACGUUGUCGUACUGUAGUAACUAAAAGGUCCUGCAGAUUUGGGUAGACACUAGAGCUACCUCUCAACUAGUCUGAUCACUGAGUGGUAAAUCGUUCAGUGGGAAUGUCACCAGGAAAGCUCAAACUUUUGUGUUUCUUCGUGAGGAUAUGAGACCCUUUAAUAUUCUGUUUCAGUGUCCUCCUCAGUCAAUAAGCCAGCUGUCAGUCACCACUCUAGGUGAUAUUUUCUUCUAAGAAGCCUUGGGGAAUAGCUCUUGCCAAUGGGAAAAGGCAGCAAUGCACUGAAAGAUGACAGUUUUCCAGCUGCAGCUUGUGUACUGGUUAAAGAGUUGCUGCCAUGUUACAUUUUGAAAGGGGGGGUUAUGACAUUACUGCAUUGAAUUUGUAAUAUAGAAUAAAGAGAAACAGGAUGACUGAAUGUAGACCAAAUAAAAUGUAUCUUUAAAAGGGCAAAAAUAAGACAGCAGAACUUUUUAGAUGACAGGAAGGCAGUUUAGUUUGUAUAAUCUCAGAUGACAAGUGUCACUUAAAAAGCAAAUGCUAUUUGACAGACAUCUGUGCCAAGUUGGGCUGUAUAAAUGCAUAGUCUAGCCAUUAUGAUGUCAGUGGAGGAGUUCUUCUGUACUGGUGAACACAACAAAGGACCAUUUCAACCCUGUUAGAUUUACCCCACUUACUACUAGGCUAUGGUGUAUAAUAAAGAUGAAAACUACAUACAUAUGUACAGGCUACAUUGUAAACAGCACAAAAAAAGCUGAAAAGUGUGGUUGAACUUUUUAAGAAAAUAUUAUAAAUACUGUAAUAUAUCAGUUUAUUUUAUCGGCAUGCCUUUUUGUAAAUACAAAAAUUAAAUAGAACGGCGUCUGGCUUAUGCCAUUGUCCAUGUUUAUUUUUAAUUUUUAAAAUAUUUUCCUUAGAUUUUUAGAUGUUGUCAGCCAAUGUACAUUCCCUACCCCCCUAAAAAACAACCCUACACCCCAAAAUAGAUAAAAAGAAAAGCUUUAGUGCAAAUUAUCUUUACAAUGACAAAAAUAUUUUUUGUCAUUCCAAUGUGCAAUAAGUUCUCUGACCAUUUCUAUGCAAGAUUUGGCUAAAUUACAUAAUUGUUCUUAAGUUGGGAUAUCAAUCUGUAGGUAAAGGGUGGUACAUUUACUGCUCAUGCUGGCAACUUCAUUGAGUUACUGGAGUCAGUUUAAGUAAGACUUCCCUGUGAUCUCUCUCUCUCUAUUUUUAACAGUUAAACUAUUUAUCAGUCUCUAUUGAAUACAAAGGCCAUCAGUCUUGCUGAAAAAUAAAAUGAACAAUUUCUCCAACUGUUCAGGGACAGCAGAGUCUAUCCUCCUGCUCAAUUUAAAAUUUCCUUUUUUUCGUAGCAAAUAUCCCUCAGCCACAGUUCACAGGGUGCUGAGAGAAUUGUUCUGCAUCUUUGGGAACCUUCACACAGUGAGGCUGAGGCUGCAAAGGAAGCUUUGGUCUGAAAUAAAGCGG